AUGCUAAGAGUCUAUUCCAGCCUCCGGUAGGUCCCUUUUUCGUUUGAUCGCCAAAAUGUCAUUAUUUUAAAACGUCUAAAAACAAGUGACAAAUUCCCUUGUCGGAACACAGAAGUCCCUGGGAAGACAUGCUCCCACAAUCGCACAGUCCCUAUUUGGUGGUCAACGAACAUCAAGGGAUGAGGUGGACUCAGUUGUAGGAGAAGUUACUGACACCUACUUUUCCCCGUCUGGUUUCAGACGUCCAUGGCUAAUACCUCAAGUAACGAAGAAACUGGUUGGAGGAAAUCAACCAGACAACGCCGGAAUCCCUUCGAUAAGUUGCUGGGAACUUGGCGGGCCGUCAACGUUUCAUCCACUGCUUAGGAUAAGGGAGACUCAGAUCGAGAGUCAGUGGACACGCUGCCAGCACGCAGGCCGGUGAGCUAUACGGGUAAUGCUGUAUGACGCUAAUUUCCUUUGUAGGUUGCCAUGACCCGUCCUGCUGCUCGGUUAUGAGCGAAAUGCAGGCGCAAAUAAGACGACAAGGGCAAACCAUCGACUUCAUACGCAAGCAACUGGCUUGA